AUGGCCAGCUCCUUUGAGAAGAGCGUCAAGGGCGGCACCAAGAUCAAGCUCGCAGCACCGAAAUCAAAGUAUGUCGAACACAUACUCGUUGCGACACACGCCGGCGAAGCAGGCGUCGCUGAAAUCUUCCGCGCCCUCACCAACCGUCUGCGCGACUCGACAUGGACCAUUGUCUUCAAGAGCCUUAUCAUUGUCCAUUUGAUGAUAAGGGAGGGCGAGCCCGAGGUUACGCUCAAAUUCCUUGCCCAGAAUCCCCACCGGAAACUGGCCAUCAAUCACUUCACAGAGGUGCAAACCCAGGGACACAACAUCCGCACCUAUUCCGAAUACCUGCUCCGCCGCGCCAUCGAAUAUGGCUCUACCAAGGUCGACUACGUGCGUGGCGGUGAGGGCCGCCUCAAGCGCCUGACCAUAGAGAAGGGCCUCCUGCGUGAAGCAGAGAGUGUGCAGGACCAGAUCAGAGCGUUGCUCAAGUGCCAGCCAUUCGAUGACGAGCCCGAAAACGAAAUCACGCUGACUGCCUUCCGACUGCUCACAAUGGACUUGUUAGUGCUCUUCCACGUCAUGAACGAGGGCACUAUCAAUAUUCUCGAACACUACUUCGAACUAUCAAAACCCGACGCAACACGCGCCCUUGCAGUCUACCGCACUUUCGUCAAGCAAACCGAAGCCGUUGUCCAGUACCUUAGCCUGGCAAGGUCGCAUGAACACUCAACACGAUUGGAGAUUCCACGAAUCAAGCACGCCCCGACCAGUCUGGCUGCAUCAUUGGAAGAGUACCUGGCCGAUAAGGAUUUUGAGAUCAAUCGACGACAGUACAUUGCCGAGAAGGAGGCGAAAAAGAAUGGGGGCAAAUCCACCAAUGGGGCGAGCAAGUCUACGGACUCAAAGUCGGCCUCUAGCAAUACUACUAGCCAGCAGCCAGCAGCAGCUCCGACCAAACCCUCUGCAAACGCACCUUUGAUUGAUCUGUUUGAGUCGCUCGAGGACAACCAGCAAACCAUGGCUACACAGCCGAUGAUGCAGCAGUAUCCCCAACAAACAGGCUUCCAGGUUCCACAGCAGACAGCGAACAUGGGCUUCCCCCAACAACCACAGCCUUUCCCAAUGCAAAAUGGCCAGGGUACGAAUCCCUUCCAACUAGGCCAACAGCCACAAGCGCCCCAACUCCAGGCCCAGUUUACCGGCGCAGGCUUUGGUGGCUACUCGCCACAACCUUACGGCACACAGAACGCCAUGCCAUCAAUACCACAGAACGGCAUGCCUGAUUUCUCACAACAGCAGCAACCACAGCAGAUGCAGAUUCCUACCAUUGCCGAGCCUUUGCAGCCUCUGCAGCCUCAGCAAACCUCAACAAAUCCAUUCCGCCAAUCGAUGCUACCCAGUAGUCCGACUGGUGCCAGCUCACUCAACCGUGCAUCAACGAAUCCGUUUGCAAAACACAACACUGGACUUUCAGCACAAUCGCAGUCGCCGGUCAAUUCUCCGCCCUUUUCCAUGCCUUCAGUUCAAGAGUCACCAUUUGCUCUGCAACAGCAGCCACAACAACCCCAGCCUCUACAGCCCACGCCUACUGGCACAAAUCCAUUCGCACGGCAACCAUCGCCACAAAGCACCCUCUCCCCACAGGGUGGACUCACUGUGCACGCGACGGGUAGCACCAACCCUUUCCGACAAAGUGCCUUUGUCAAUCAACAGACAGGCCAGGGCUGGCAGAAUGCAGGCAGUCAAGGUACAUUAGGAGGAAUCAACCUUGACCAAGUACCAACAACAAGUGUUUUUCCACGGCCCGGACAGCAGCAACAGCAAAACUUUCUGGGGUAG